AUGUUUUCUAUUAAUUACUUACCACCUUACAAAAAGCCUCCAAAACUCACUAAUGUUCUAGACAUGGAUGGAAAUUUGCAAUAUCCACCUAUAAUUACCAAAGACGAAAAUGAUGAACGUACUGAGCGUAAAAGAUUGGCAGCUGAGAGGUAUAAACCUGGUGUGGUUAGCCUAUUUGAACUUCUAAAUGAUGACCAUAUUAAAAAAAAAAGAGUUAAAAUUACGCAAAAAAAAUUGCACAGAACGUUUGAUCUUGUGAAGGAUAAAGAAAACAAAUUACUUGAAGAGAAGAGGUUUAUUAAAGCUAUGGAUGGUGAUUCUGCUGUUGAUAUUGAUGAUCAGAAAAAAAUUUUACUUACAGAAGUUGAGUAUGAGCAAAAUAUUGAAGUUCAUCAAAAUGAUAUAGAAAGAAUUUUGCAUUACUUACAGGAGGAAAUCCCAGUUUCUGUUAUUCAACCUUACCAUGAAAAGUGGUUGAAAAGAGCUAGAAAUAAAAUUCCUGAGAUUAGAAGUGAAAGAUUAUCAAAGUUACUUACUUUAAUAGCAGAAGAAAUUCGACAAGAUUACUAUCUUUCUAUGAAGGUUGCUAUAUUGGAUUAUAUUCUGACUGAUGAUUCAGAAAAAAAUAGACUGAUGAUCUGUACUUAUCCAGUUAGAUACCCUGCAAUGGUUCUUAGAGCUCCAGUGCCCUGGCAUAUAUCAUACUCAUGCAACUCACAGAGAUUUUCUUAUCGCUACCAUCUUUCACAUCCUGUUGUUACUGAGAUCAGAAAUUUAUUUGAUGAAUUCAAAGAUAUGCUUGUUAUUCCAAUGAGUGAACUGACUAAAGACUGCAAUUCUAUGACACCUGAAGAAUUUAAUUUAUUAACUGAUAAACUUUGUAAUAGAGCAAGGAAAAAGAUAAUAGAACGUUGGUUAAAAUCAGUGGUUUACAUAAUAUUGGAUAAAAGAGAUAGUUGGUACCAUCUAACUCCAAAGCAUGUUGGGGACUCAGGUUUUCUUGUGGAAAGUUUUUUCUCAUCAAUUAAUGUUUUAUUAGAGAAGCAAUUUCGUCUUAUUAUUACUAAAUCAAUUAUUCACUACGCUGAAAUAUUUUCGAUUUACAAAGGAGGUAAUAAGAUACCAGAUAUGUAUCAAGAUUUAAUGUUUCCAAGACCUCCUAUGAUAAGAGUUGGUGUGGAACCUGAAUUAGGAACUAAAAAUUUAUAUUUAGUUCCUAUCCUAGAUGAUAUUGUUGAACUACUAUGUUCUGUUUUUUCCAAAAUUCUUCAUGUGUUUGAUAAAAUUCCUGUUAUUGAAGCUAUGUUAAUUCCAGAAUUUGCAGAAAAUAAUUCAUAUUUUCGUCGAGUUCAUUCAUAUGAAAAACAUAUACAUACAAAAAUAAAUGAAACUAAAUCUAUUUUUGUUAUUAAUACUGAGGGUCCUACACAGUAUUUACAGAUUUAUGAACCAUAUUUAUAUAUUUUAUGUGGAGAAGCGGACAAAGAAUUGAAGCAAUUUUUUGAAAUUGUUCCAUUCCCUUUUUUAAAGGAUUUUGGAAGAAAAAUUGCCAAGUACAAUGAACUAAAAAAUGAAAUUUUGUUUUUAAGAAAUAAAAUUCCAUUAAAUCUAAUUGAGUUAGAUUGUAGCAAGGUUAACACUGGUAUGACUGGAAUCAUUGAUGAAUUAAGACAAUAUAUUGUUGACUAUUUCUUCAGGCUUAACAUGGAUCAAAAUAAUCAGAUUGCUAAAACAUUUGAUGAAAUAAGUAUGAGAGCAAAUGAAAUACCUGAAAAUAUUCCAGAACUAGUGGAACUAACAAAUUUCAUAAUUGAAAGCCGAGAUGCCACAAUGUUUGAUAUGAAAAAUAUGUUAAUGAAAAGUGCAGAAUAUGUGAUCUUUUUAACUGAACAUGCAAAAAUCACUGAUGACCAUCGCAGAUUUAUUAGAAAAGUUUUCACAUGGCCCAAAGAGAUGGAUAAGAUUCUGGAUAUUACCAUGCAAAGAAUUACUUUACAAAGACAAGUCAUGGAAAAUUCUCUUGCUGCAAGGCGUAUCAAAUUAGAGGAAAUAUUAUUGGAGCAUAUGUCAUUGCUUGAUGUAUUUAAAAUAAAAGAUCCUCCCAUAUUGACAAUGGAUGAUAUGAGGUCAAAUGUAAUUGAGAUUGAUCAAAUAUCUGAUCUUUUGGAGUCUGAUAAGGAAAGAGUUGAAAAAAUCAAUCAUGAAGAAACUCUUCUGGAUUUCGAAAAAACUCCAUUUAAUACUUUUCAUAAUAUGGUCCAUCAAAUAGAUCCAUUCUACAAACUAUGGCACACAGCACUUGAAUUCCAUGAUCAAUAUGAAAAGUGGUAUUUUGGACCAUUUCAAGGAAUUGAUGCAGAAGCAGUUAAGGAAUCAGUUGAAAAUAUGUGGCGAACUCUUUAUAAACUUUCCCGUACUUUUUCUGAUGUCCCCGGAUCUAGAAGAAUUGCCGAACUUGUUAGGGGAAAAAUAGACAAGUUUAAACAGUUUUUACCAGUUUUACAAGCUAUUUGUAAUCCAGGUUUACAAGAUAGACAUUGGCAAUUGAUCAGUGAAGCAGCUGGUGUGCCUUUAGACAUAAGCAGUACAACUUCAUUAUCAGAAAUGAUUGACCUUGGACUUAUUAAGUUUGUGACUAAGCUGGAAGAAAUUAGUGUAAGUGCAUCAAGAGAAUUUUCACUAGAAAAGAACUUAGCAAAAAUGAAACUUGAAUGGGUUGAUAUUUGUUUUGAACUGGGUACAUUCAGGGAAACUGGAGUUUCCAUAUUGUCUGCUGUGGAUGAUAUACAAGUAAUGCUUGAUGAUCAUAUUCUGAAAGCACAAACAAUGAGAGGCUCUCCAUAUGUUAAACCAUUUGAAAAAGAAAUGCAAGAAUGGGAGGAAAAACUUGUAUCAAUGCAGGAUAUAUUGGAUGCUUGGAUACAGGUUCAAAUUACAUGGAUGUACCUAGAGUCUAUCUUCAGUUCUGAAGAUAUAAUGAGACAAAUGCCCGAAGAAGCCAGAAAUUUCCGUACAGUUGAUACUACCUGGAAAGAAAUAAUGAAAAAUACAGAACAAGAUACUCAUAUUUUAGUUGCUACUGAUUAUCCAAAUUUACUCUCAGUUUUACGGAAACUAAAUUCUCUUCUUGAAGAUAUUCAAAAAGGUCUUAAUGAUUAUUUGGAAAAAAAACGACUUUUUUUUCCAAGAUUCUUUUUUUUGUCUAAUGAUGAACUUCUUGAGAUAUUAUCUGAAACCAAAGAUCCUCUCAGGGUACAACCUCAUUUAAAGAAAUGUUUUGAAGGAAUAGCUCUGUUAAAGUUUAAUAACCAAACUGAAAUUAUUGGUAUGAUAUCUGGUGAAGGAGAGUUUGUUCCUUAUACAAACAUUAUAAAACCAGCAGAAGCUAAAGGUUUAGUUGAGAAGUGGUUGAUAAAAGUUGAAGCUGUUAUGAUAUCAUCUUUAAAAGAAAUUUGUAAAGAUGCUAUACAGGCCUAUACAUUCGAACCUAGAGAGAAAUGGGUACUUUCGUGGCCUGGAAUGAUUGUGAUUUGUGGAAGUAGCGUUAAUUGGACUGCUGAAGUUACAAAGGCUAUUGAAACUUAUACCUUGCCGGCUUACUUGUUAAAAUCCAACUCCCAGAUAGAUGAAAUGGUUAAGCUGACAAGAAGUAAGUUAUCUUCUGGAAAUAGAACAACAGUUGAAGCCUUAAUUGUCAUUGAUGUCCAUGCUCGUGAUGUUGUUGCACUUUUAAAAGAGUUAAAUGUAAAAACAGCAGCUGAUUUUAAUUGGAUUUCUCAGCUCAGAUAUUAUGUACAGGAAACUAUUGUUCAUGUUUGUAUGAUAACUACAGAUCUUGAUUAUGGGUAUGAAUAUCUUGGUAACUCGGGACGUCUUGUUAUUACACCUCUUACUGAUCGUUGUUAUAGGACUCUGAUGGGUGCAUUAAAACUGAAUCUAGGGGGUGCUCCAGAAGGUCCAGCUGGCACAGGAAAAACAGAAACCAGCAAGGACUUAGCCAAAGCAGUAGCUAAGCAGUGUGUUGUUUUCAAUUGUUCUGACAGUCUUGAUUACAAGGCAAUGGGAAAAUUUUUUAAGGGACUUGCACAGGCUGGUGCAUGGGCUUGCUUUGAUGAAUUUAACAGGAUUGAACUUGAAGUGUUGUCUGUAAUUGCUCAACAAAUAUUAAGCAUUCAAAUGGCAAUUAUACAAAAAAAGAAAAAAUUUAUGUUUGAAGGAACUGAAUUAUCUUUGAAUCCUACUUGCACCGUUUUUAUUACCAUGAAUCCAGGUUAUGCUGGUAGACAAGAGUUGCCUGAUAAUCUGAAAGUUCUUUUCCGAACUGUUGCCAUGAUGGUACCUGAUUAUGCUAUGAUUGGUGAAAUUACUCUCUAUUCCAACGGCUUUGAUAGAGCUCGAAGUUUAGCUGAGAAGAUUGUUGAUACCUACAAGUUGUGCUCUGAACAACUUUCUUCACAACCCCACUAUGACUACGGUAUGAGAGCUGUGAAGACAGUUCUUACUGCAGCUGGAAAUCUAAAACGAAAAUAUCCUGACCAAGAUGAAUCUGUAAUUGUUUUACGAGCUAUCAUUGAUGUUAACCUUCCAAAGUUUUUAGCCCAGGAUAUACCUUUAUUUGAUGGAAUAUAUACAGACCUCUUUCCUGGAGUUGUACUUCCAAAGCCUGAUCGAGAUGAAUUAUUUGAUGCUCUCCGUGUCAGAUUGAAGUCAAAAAACCUUCAAGAUACAGAUUGGUAUCUGGGCAAGAUCUUACAGAUUUAUGAAAUGAUACUUGUGAGACAUGGAUUAAUGAUUGUUGGUGAAUCGAUGGGAGGAAAAACUUGUGGAUAUCAGACACUUGCCGAGUCCUUAUCUGAUAUCUGUUUGAAUAAGAAAUCAAAGAUGGAUGAAUUUAAAGUCCAAUACAGAAUAAUAAAUCCUAAGGCUAUUACCAUGGGACAGUUAUAUGGAUGUUUUGAUCCAAUCUCACAUGAGUGGUCUGAUGGUGUGCUAGCGACUACAUUCCGAGACUUCGCUGUUAGUCCUCUUCCUGACAGGAAAUGGAUAAUGUUUGAUGGUCCUGUAGAUGCUGUAUGGAUUGAAAAUAUGAAUACUGCUCUUGAUGAUAAUAAGAAACUAUGUCUUAUGUCUGGUGAAAGUAUAAAGAUGACUGAUAAAAUGAAUCUAAUUUUUGAACCAGCUGAUCUUGAUCAAGCUUCUCCUGCUACAGUGUCCCGUUGUGGGAUGAUAUAUCUUGAACCUAAAAUGCUUGGGUGGCAUCCGAUUUUGACGUCAUAUGGGAAUAUAUUAUCAACCAAAAUAUUUCCAGAACAAUUUGAACUCAUUUUUGAACUUAUAAAUUGGAUAGUACCACCAGUAUUUGAAUUUAUUUUUCACAAAGCAAAAUUAUUUACUGAUACCUCAGAACUUCAUUUAUUUUAUAGUUUCACUCGGCUGUAUACUUGUAUGAUUGAUCAAGGAGAAGGAAGUAAAUUGGGAAUAAGCACUCAAGUACUUGUUUGUCUUUUAUUAUUUUGUAUAUUGUGGGGUUUAGGAAGCAUUAUGACUGGUGAAAGCAGAAUAGAAUUUGAUACAUUCUAUCGUAUGCUUCUUAUUGGCCAAAAUACAGAGAAUCCAAAACCUGCUAGUUUCAAACUCACUAAAAAUCAGAUAUUUCCUGAUAAAGCUUUGGUAUGGGAUUUUUUCUAUGACAAAUCAAACCAAGGAGGAUGGAUAGGUUGGGUUGAAACUAUGGAGAGAACUGCACUUGCCCCUAAUGCAAAAGUGUCAGAUUUAAUUGUUCAAACUGAUGAAAUGGCCCGCCAGAAAUUUUUUUUAAAGACGUUUAUGUCAUUCCAAAUACCUAUUCUCUUUGUUGGACCUACUGGGACAGGAAAGUCAGCUAUAGUACUGGAUCACUUAAUGUCUCUUUCUCGAGAUAAAUUUCUUCCGAAUGUAAUAAAUUUUUCUGCCAGAACUUCAGCCAAUCAGACUCAAGAAAUUAUAAUGUCUAAAUUAGACAGAAGAAGAAAAGGUGUAUAUGGACCUUCAAUGGGUAAAACUUGUAUUUUAUUUGUUGAUGAUUUAAGUAUGCCACAAAAAGAAACUUAUGGUGCUCAACCACCAAUAGAAUUACUAAGACAAUGGAUUGAUCAUAGGCAUUGGUAUGAUUUAAAAGCAACAUCUCGUAUAGAUCUUGUGGACAUAAUAUUUAUUGGUGCUAUGCUGCCUCCUGGAGGAAGUUCUAAUGUUGUCACUUCUAGGUUUCUUAGACAUAUGAACAUUAUAGGUAUUGAUUCAUUUAGAGAAACUACACUCUCAAAAAUAUUUACAGCCAUUCUUGAUUGGCAUUUCCAGAAGGGAUUUUCUGACACUGUUUGUCAUAUGAGUAAGCAACUGGUAUUUGGAACUAUGGAAGUUUACAAUGAAGCCAUGGCAAAAUUUCUACCUACUCCAACUAAAUCUCAUUACACUUUUAAUUUGAGAGAUUUUUCUCGAGUUAUUAGAGGAUUGCUGCUUGUGCCUGCUGUUCGAAUGACAUCUCCUGAAAAGAUGAUGAGAUUAUGGGUGCAUGAAACUUUUCGAGUGUUCUAUGAUCGUCUCAUUGAUCAAAGUGACAGAGAAUUAUUAUUUGAAGUUGUCAAACAUGCUUGUUAUUUUCACAUCCGAGCCCAUAUGGAUCAAUUCAUGUCUGACUUAAUACCUGAUGGCCAAAAUAAACUUCAAGUAGAACAUUUAAGAAGUCUUUUCUUUGGUAACUACUAUGAGCCUGAUACAGAGAACAAAAUCUAUGAUGAGAUCCUUGAUUUAGAACAACUAGAAAGAAUUAUGAAUCACUACCUGGAGGAUUAUAAUUUAUUGUCAAGGGUUCCUAUGUCACUUGUUAUGUUUAAAUUUGCAAUUGAACACAUCUCAAGGAUCUCUAGAGUUCUUUUACAAGAUAAUGGCCAUGCUUUGCUUGUGGGUAUAGGGGGAAGUGGAAGACAAAGUUGUACAAAACUAGCCACAUCUAUGGCUGAAUUCAAUCUCUUUCAGAUUGAAAUAGGCAGAACUUAUGGAAUGACUGAGUGGCGUGAUGAUAUUAAAUUGCUUUUAAAACGUGCUGGUAUAGAAGGAAAACCACGAGUUUUUCUGUUUGCUGAUUCACAAAUCAAAGAUGAGGGAUUUGUUGAGGAUAUUAAUAUGAUUCUAAAUACAGGAGAUGUACCAAAUUUGUAUCCAGGGGAGGAAAAGGCUGAAAUACUUGAAAAAAUGACACAGGCUGCUAGAGAAAGUCCAAAGAAAAUUGAUACAACUCCAUUAGCACUAUUUAACUUUUUCAUUGAAAGAGUUCGUGCAAAUCUUCAUAUUACUCUUGCGAUGUCCCCAAUUGGCGACGCAUUCAGAAUCAGGCUCAGGAUGUUUCCUUCUCUUAUAAAUUGUUGCACAAUAGAUUGGUUUACAGCUUGGCCUGAAGAUGCUUUAGAGAAAGUUGCUGUUUCUUUCUUAAAAGAUAUGGACAUUAGUGAUAAAAUGAAGACUUCAUGUGUUAUCAUGUGCAAAAUGUUUCACACAUCUGUUUCGCUAACUUCUGAUAAAUACUUCACAGCUUUGAAAAGAAAAAACUAUGUAACUCCAACUUCUUAUUUGGAACUCAUAAUGACUCUCCAAAAUCUUUACCAAAGGAAAGUUGAUCAGGUUACUCUUUUGAGGACAAGGUAUGAAACUGGAUUAGAAAAGUUGGAUUUUGCUGCUAGCCAGGUGUCUGUAAUGCAAGAUGAACUGCAUGCUUUACAGCCUCAAUUAAUUAAAACUUCUGAAGCAACUGAUAGGCUUAUGGUUAAGAUUGAACAAGAUACAGUUAUAGUUGAAGCAAAAAAAGAGAUAGUUGGAGCAGAUGAAGCAUUAGCUAAUGAAGCAGCAGCAGCUGCUCAAGCAAUUAAGGAUGAUUGUGAAAGUGAUUUAGCAGAAGCUAUUCCUGCUUUGGAAGCUUCGAUUCAAGCUCUUAAUACUUUGAAACCUUCAGAUAUUACAAUUGUCAAAAGUAUGAAAAAUCCUCCUUAUGUAGUGAAGUUGGUGAUGGAGGCUGUGUGUGUUAUGAAAGGAAUUAAACCAGAAAGGAAACCAGAUCCCAGUGGAAGUGGAAAAAUGAUAGAAGAUUUUUGGGGACCUUCACAAAAAAUGUUGGGUGACAUGAAAUUUCUGGACAGUUUGAAGGCAUAUGAUAAAGACAAUAUUAAUCCUGCAGUGAUGAAAAGAAUUAGAGAACGGUACAUAAAUGACCGAGACUUUGAUCCCAAUAUUGUUCAGAAAGUAUCCACUGCUUGUGAAGGUCUUUGCAAAUGGGUCAGAGCUAUGGAAGUUUAUGACAGAGUAAUAAAAAUUGUAGCUCCCAAGAAAGCUAGAUUAGGUGAAGCUGAAGCUGAGUUAGCAGUACAGAUGGAUAAAUUAAAUGAAAAGAGAGCUCAACUUCAAGAGGUCACUGAUAAACUUCAAGCAUUAAAUGAUGAAUUUGCUGCCAAGUCUAAAGAAAAGAAAGAAUUAGAAGAUGCAAUAUUUGUCUGUGAACAGAAGUUAGAUAGAGCUGAAAAACUGAUUGGUGGUCUUGGAGGUGAAAAAACACGCUGGAGUCAGGCUGCUAAAAAAUUACAAUCUGAUCUAGAGAACGCUAUAGGUGAUGUUCUGUUAUCUUCAGGAGUAGUGGCAUACCUUGGAGCAUUUACAGUUGACUUUAGAAACGAUUUGAUUAGAAUGUGGAAUGAAGAAUGUCUCAAAAAUGGGAUACCUUGUUCUAGAAAUUUUUCUAUGACUAUAACUUUAGGAGAUCCUGUUAAAAUUCGUGCAUGGAAUAUUUAUGGCUUACCUGUAGAUACUUUUUCAGUGGAAAAUGGUAUCAUUGUUUUUAGUGCUAGAAGGUGGCCUCUUAUGAUUGAUCCUCAAGGUCAGGCCAACAAAUGGGUAAAGAAUAUGGAGAAGGAGAAUAAACUGUGUAUUAUUAAGUUGACUGAUUCAAACUACAUGAGGACUGUGGAGAAAGCUGUUGAACUAGGACUACCUGUGCUACUAGAAAACAUUCUGGAAGAUAUAGAUGCUCCUCUUGAACCUAUUUUACUGAAGAACUUGUUCAAACAAGGAGGUAUCAACUACCUGAAAGUUGGAGAAAAUUUGUUAGAAUACCAUCAAGAUUUUAGAUUCUACAUUACAACUAGAUUAAGAAAUCCACAUUAUCUUCCUGAAAUAGCUGUUAAGGUUACUCUUUUAAAUUUCAUGAUAACUCCACAAGGACUACAGGACCAGUUAUUGGGUAUAGUUGUAGCAGAAGAAAGACCUGAACUGGAAGAGAAAAAGAAUGAGCUCAUUAUUGAAAGUGCCAAUAACAAGAAACUAUUAAAAGAGAUAGAAGAUAAAAUUCUGGAAGUUCUUUCAUCUUCUGAGGGUAAUAUUUUGGAAGAUGAAACAGCAAUACAAAUUCUAUCUUCUUCGAAGAUUUUAUCAGAAGAAAUUUUACAAAAACAAGAAAUAGCAGCAAGCACUGAAAUCGAAAUUGACUUAGCCCGCAAUUUAUAUGUUCCUGUUUCAAGGCAUUCUGCUGUACUAUUUUUCUGUAUUUCAGAACUGGGCAAUAUUGAUCCUAUGUACCAAUAUUCAUUAGUCUGGUUCAUAAACUUAUAUUAUCAAUCAAUUCAGCAUAGUGAGAAAAGUGAUGAUCUUACAAAGCGUUUGAACUUCUUGAAUGAACAUUUUACUUUCAGUGUUUAUCGAAAUGUCUGUAGAUCACUGUUUGAAAAAGAUAAAACAACGUUCUCAUUUGUUCUUUGUUUAGGUAUUCAGAGAUCUCAGGGUAAGGUUAACGAAGAAUUAUUUACAUUUCUUCUGACUGGUGGAGUUGCUUUGGAUAAUCCUUUUCCAAAUCCUGAUCCUUCCUGGUUAUCAGAUAAGUCUUGGGCAGAAAUUGUCAGAGCUAGCAGUUUACCAGGGUUAGAAGAAUUAAAACAAUCAGUAGAGACAAGCAAGAAAUCUUGGAAAGCCUAUUAUGACUCCGUGAACCCUCAUGAGUUGCCUCCACCUCCACCCUUUUCAAAAUUAAGUGGUUUUUCUAGACUUACUGUUUUACGUUGCUUAAGACCAGAUAAACUAGUUCCUGCAGUUCAGAUGUUCAUAUGUGACAGAUUGGGUCAAAAAUAUAUUGAGCCUCCACCAUUUAAUUUAAAGGAAGCAUAUCUUGAUUCAAAUUGCUGUUCACCAUUGGUGUUUAUACUUUCUGCUGGUGCAGAUCCAAUGGCAAGCCUAUUCAAAUUUGCUGAUGACAUGGGUUUAUCUAGAGCAUCUUUGAUGACCUUAUCUCUUGGACAGGGACAAGGUCCUAUUGCUGCUAAUAUGGUAGACAAAGGAAUAGUGUCUGGACAAUGGGUGGUUUUACAAAAUUGCCACUUAGCAGAAAGUUGGAUGAAACAUCUAGAUAAAAUUUGCUCCGAAGUGAUAGUACCUUCAAAAACUAAUUCUCAAUUUAGGAUUUGGCUUACUAGCUAUCCCUCUAGAGCAUUUCCUAUUUCUAUAUUGCAGAAUGGUGUUAAAAUGACAAAUGAAGCUCCAAAAGGUUUAAGAGCAAAUCUAUACCGUUCUUAUACAUCUGAUCCUAUUUCUGAUCCAAAGUUCUUCUCAGAUUGUAAAUUUAUUUCGGAAUGGCAAAAACUUCUCUUUUCUCUUUGCUUUUUCCAUGCUGUUGUCCAAGAAAGAAGAAAAUUUGGACCAUUGGGCUGGAACAUCCCCUAUGAAUUUAAUGAAUCAGAUUUAAGAAUUAGUGUGAAACAACUUCAGAUGUUUCUAAAUGAAUAUGAUGACAUUCCUUUUGAUGCUCUUCUUUAUUUAACGGGAGAAUGUAACUAUGGGGGAAGAGUUACAGAUGACAAAGACAGAAGGCUACUAAAUUCAUUACUUUCCAUUUAUUAUAAUCAGAAUGUGCUUAAAGUCGAAGGGUAUUUCAUUUUUCAUAUUCCUGUAUUGUAUUUUCUUAGAAUAGUAAACAAUUUGUAA